CUCCUCUCUUCUCCUCCCUCCUGGCCAUCCUGCCUUUGGCACGCCCUUCCUCCUUGCACAGGCCCCUCCCUCCAUCUCCUUCAUGGAUGUCAUCGGCAUUCAGCCAUGCGCCGAGCCGCUCGAGGGUUUCCUCUCUGAGAGCGGCGCACAUGUUCAGUAGUCGUUCAUGGCCAAAGGAAUGCUUUUCCAGUAGCCUCUUCCGCCAGCAGGACGCGACUCCGCGCUCAAACCGCCUCCCCAAUGCUUCUCCGUCUUUAAUCCCGUCCCGAUCGAUCAAUUCGACUCCGUGCAGACCUGUGUCGAUUCAAAAGGAACAUCCGAGUGAGCUGGAUCAGAAUGGGCAGCUUGCGACCUGUGAAUAUUGGUGUGGCCUGCGGCUACAGACUAUCCUAAGCCGAUCCUACAACCCACCGGGCCCAACCGACAAGCGGCGGCAGCGCACGGAAUUCAGCUCCAAUCUAGCGUCUUUCAAAUUAUUCGCAUCGCAUUCAGCGGUCCCGGAACCGUCUCCUCAUCCCCGCGGACUUUCACCCCUGUCGCUUGGUAGCAAAUCGGUGCCGGAAAGCGAUGCGGAAAGAAAACGACCACAGGAGAGGCCCAGCACGGGCCGAAGCAAUCCUCGCAGAAGCUCCAAGUUGGAUUCUUCAACGAUCAGGCCGACUCCCACCGAGUUUAUGAUGGAUACACUGCAAAACGUUUUCGAUUACUCCGACAACGACGGCAGCGCGAAUUGGGCGCUGGCAGCCAGAAACCCCAACGAUCCUCUCAUGACACCCUUAACCAAGUCGCAAAGGAUCUCCUAUAAAAUCCACCACAGGCAUUCGCUUCAGGGAGCUCUUGCUGAAUACAUGUAUGAUGUGGAGCGUCGUAUGGGCUCCGAGAAUAGGCCCGGAGAGCUUAAGAUCAAGAGCCCUCCCGAAGAGAAAUCAGACGUCGACGCUGGGAUCCAUAGGUUCAGGCGCAGAAAACUUGAGAAGUAUCUCCUUCGACGAGGAUACCGCACCGCGGAUCUGACAGUGUGGACCUGGGUGCUUUCGGCCGGCACACCUUACCAGGCUGCUCUCCGAAUCUUAGCGAUUGAGGAUAAGAACAGGUUGAGGAAUGGCUCUUGUUUCCGCACAAUCCCACCGUUCAUCCCCUUGUUUCUGUUACGGCAGAACCUCGAUUUGGAUACAUAUCGCCUUCUUCUGCUGUACUCUCUCAGCCUAAUUAGCGGCCAGCCGUUACCGAGACCAAGAGCAUAUGCGAGAGCCAUGUCCGAAGACGUGUGGCUCGAAAACGUCCGGACUGAAGACGCAGCACCCCUUAUUAAUCCCAAUAUGUGUAUCACAUUCGUCGUUCGACUGCUUCAUCAUGCGCGUCAUUUGCUGCCGCAGGCUCAGGUUCCCAUCGUGCGCGCGCUCGCAACGUACUUGACCCUCCUAAAAUCAGACAAGGCACACGGCGUGUCUCGCGCGACAGCACCGAACAUGAAGUUUAUGACCGCCAAAUUCAAUCUGGUGCUUCGGCUACUCGCACUUCGCUGCCGACAAGGAUCAUUUCGAUCCGUUUCGAUACAGCAAGAAGCACAGUUCACACUUCUCCGAGCGAUGGCGAGCAACCACCCGGUCAUGCCUGUGACCCGGCAGAGCUACCAAGCUAUCGCUGCCGUUCAACUCGCACACAAAAAGACAUCGGCAGAACGGCAAUUUGCCGAAUUGAAGGCGCCUUCAUGGCCGCCCUGGAAAGAAGAGAAGUCCGGCAUCGACUCCCAGCGCGGAUCUGAAGGUAUGAGUAGUCGAGCAAUGCGGGUGAUGUCCCAAAUGAAGGAGGCCGGAUAUAGCCAUACUCGCUGGGAAGAGGUUGCCGGGAUCUAUGCCGGCUGGGAUACUGACAAAAGCCCAACCAUUCAGACUCGGACUUCAGCACCCCCGCCCCGGCAUCUGCGCAAUCCGGUAGGGAGUCCCUCCAGCGCGGCAAUCUGGGAGGCCCGUCUGCGUUCAACCAGAACCGUGCGGGAAGCCUGGGCAUGCUUCCUCUCGUACCAAGAUCAAGGCCUGCCGCCGCAGGAUAGAGUCUACGGUGCGAUGGUCGACAAGUUGAUCCACGGCGACAAGUCAGAGAAGAAUGACUUUGGUCAUUCAAGCCAUGCGCUGCCGGGCGAUGGAUUGGAAGUUUUCCCGGAGCCUUCUUCCGCCCGAGAUUUAAUAUACGUACAUACGGAGCCACCUACCUUGGGGGAGUUUCUUCAUCAGAUGCUGUCUCAGGGCAUUCGGCCGCGCAGCAAAAUGCUGGCUUCACUUCUUCCUUCGGCCCCGAAUAUUCGGUGCGGUCUGGAUUAUCUUUCCUGCAGCCGUCUCUCCAACGAGCAGGUCAUGGCUUUGUGUACUACCUGGGGUAGCGAGAUCGCCUACCGGGAACGGAGUGGGAGGGUUUUGAACGAGAUCUCCGACUACCUGUUCACUGCCUUCAUAUCCCUCUUAUGCAAGUUUCCGACGCCUAAGGAUCUUUUGAUUCGACAUACUACGCGUGUCAUGGACGCCUUUCCCUUAAUCAUGGGUGGUCGGUCCAGGGCUCCCCUGAAGCCUGCGACGCUUUUCUCUUACACGCCGGGCAGUUCCACUAACCUCCAACAUGCACUGAAUUUGCUGAUGGUGCGGAAGUCCAAGCCCCCCGAGGCGUGGGUUCAUGCCUUCUCGGCUAUUAGUAGGAGCCGUAUCCCUCAUCGUAACCGCGUGGUCAGCAAAAACACGCAAAUUGUUUUCACGUGGUACGAGAGCCUGGAACUGCUUGGCCGCAUGAAAAAGCACCGCAUUGAAGUGCGGCCCGAGGCAUUCCGACUCCUUUGCAACAGUUUCUCCAAAUUCAUGAUGGCCGAGAAAGCGCAGCCGGGCGCCAUCGAGGAGGGCAUGCAGGUCGUGACGGAAGCGGCAGGGCACGGCGCAUUGAAACACGUUGAUGCUGACCAUCUGUCAUGCGAGGACAUGACUGCGAGCGGUCUUCAUAUCCUCCGGAGCCAAUUUGACCGGAUGGUUACCCAGGGGUCCAUGACACAGCCGGUGUUUGCGACGAGCAGCACACCUGGAUCCGACUCAUUGCCUCGCCUAUCAUAUAUCCCCUCUCCGGCCAUCUUCCAUGCACUUGUGCGAUCGCUUGGGUUUGCCGAAGAUUAUGACGGGUUAUGCACGCUCCUUCGAUGGAUGAGCCGAUACGCAUCGAACAUCCAGGAAACAGCCGAAGAGUACCAGAAUGGCGCGAGAAUGUUGCGGACCGUCGUGGUGGCAGCCAGUGCGUUCCUCGAGGGACAUCUAGGCACACGGUCGCGGCAGCAGCUCAGUCGGACGCACGAGGCGACCGAAAAAACCGCGCUGGCAGACGAGGUGGAGGAAAGACCAGCUGUGGAUUCGAUGUUGGAAGCGGCGUAUGACACGGUGACGGCAUCGGAGCUGCUGGGACCCUGGCCGACCGGGGAAGAAGUGCAAGAGUAUUGCCAGACUCACUGGCAGGAGCAACGGGUGCUGGACUAGAUUUUGCAUGCCUGUAUAUAUUAUACCCAUCUAUUAGACAUCGACAUAGACAUC